AUGGCUGAUGAAAAAAUAUGGUUCCCUGGUCCUGCUCAGAAACACAAGGUCUCGACUCUGAGCGAGACUACCCCUUCAAACUGGAAAGUCCUCCAAAAGAUCAAUGAGGACGUCCAGCAAUGGUCGUCUGUCGUGAUGCCCGCGAAUCUCCCAAUGGGCCCACAGCCUUCCUCCGUAUCGCGAAGCCGAUUCCCUCCAUCAAGGGCGAUGUAA